AUGGGAUUUCGUCUCGUUGUUAUGGCCGUCAUGGGUCUAGGUGCCAUGUAUAUGAUGCAUCUGUUGGCGCAGGAUUGGACUCGCAUACGGCCCAUACAAGGGAUUACCAAUCUGGCUGGCCAGGCCAGCUCUGCUUUGAAUCUUCAGAGGAUUCCCAACCUGGCUGGACAGGCGAGUGCUGCUCUCGGCUUGCAACGUGGCAAACGUGAGACGUUGAGACGGCAACUGGGCUGGGUGCAUGGCAAAAAGAAUGUGGAUGCAUCGCAUCCCUCAUCAGACAUUGACUGGAAACGCAUCCUGGCCCGCGAUCCCUUCGAGUGCCUGCAGUCGCUCAUCUGCCAGCUAAUGUCUGGCGCGGAAGCAAAUUCUAAUGAAGCCGAGCUGCUGAUGAAUUUUCUGGAAUCCUCACUAGAAAUGGCCCCUGCGAAAAUUGGACGUGCCUUCAGUCGUGGCCUGGCAUUGCGUGGGAGCACCGAAAGAUGCUACGAUGAAUAUCCAUUCUGUUUAUACUCUGCCAAGACGAUGUUGCGCAUCCUACGCUGGUUUAGCGAAACAAACAAUCUGCCAGAGGAUGAUUAACUUCCUUUAAUCAUCUCUUCACCAGCAACAACAGAGGUUAUUAGUCUUAUAAUAAUAAUAAUCAGGGAUCGUGAAUAAGAGUUAGGAGUUAAAAAUUUUAAGACAAAAGAAUUAAAUCUGAACGAAUUGAAAAAUUCCAGAUAUACCGUUAU